AUGAAAGUAUGUUCAAAUCGCAAUCGCUCUCGCGACGCUGCUAAUGAAGCAGGGUCCGGCGGGAGCGCAGUGCGUGGAAGGAGUUCCCCAUCGCUAAGCGAGGAGCAGGUCACUAACUCAAAUACUUUACCAGCAAUCUCGAGAAAAGACAAGAGGCGACACAACUUUGAGUCGAAAGUACGCAAGGUAUCGCAGAACUUCUCGCUCGACCGCGACACGCACUACCGUAAUCGGCUGACUUCCUUGCAAACCACACUCACCACGCUGCAUCAGGGCAAUAGCGUGCAGUUUCUUCGCAAGCUGCGGGACUUGGAAGAGGAACGCGACUACGAGCUCGUGCGGCUGCGGCUGUUCGAGGAGUACCGCGUCAACAGAUCCGGCAUCGAGUUCCAGGAGGACAUCGAAAAGACCAAGGCUGAGCACGAGAAAGUAAUCAAGCUUUGUAAGGAGAAGCUCUACGAGUCGUUAGAGAGUAAGAUGAAAAAACUGCAGGAGGAGCGGUUGCUGAUGGACGUGGCCAACGCACACUCCUACUCCAUGGAUUACUCGCGCACAAAGUUCCAGAAGACUACACGCAGUGCGACCGCGUCUGCGUGGGACUCAUCGCCCAACGAGUUUGGCAAGGAGAUCUCGGCCAAUGAGAGCGCAACCGACACGGGCACGGAGCGCCGCUCGCUAAGGCGCCGUCUGGCGACCACCGCGGCGUCCCGCGCCAUGAGCGACGAGCAAGACGCGCCCUCCGCGAAAGACUCGCCCGCCCCUCUCAGUUACAACAGUACUAGCUCUGAGUCCCGAUUCUUGCAAGGCAUCAGCGACUCCACAGAUCUCCAGGCCCUGCUUUUCGGUGAUAAGGAUCGCGAGGUCAAAAAGACCCGCGCGACAAACCGCCUCUCCACGAAGGCCGCCCCGCCACUACAAUCCCUGAAGCCGGAAGAGGUCACUGAAGAUAUCGCGCUUAUAAGGUCGCUGACAGGCCAACCGCCUGCCCCAUUCAAGAAUUUGUGA